UUACACUCGUCACGCGCUUUUCCGUGCCAAUAUUGACACGCGCCCGGUCGGACGUCGCCUCGAUCGAAAAGCGCGCCACAUUAUACGCAUCCAUAUUUUCCGUUGCAGUCGCGGACAGACGGAGCCGACGAGCGAUAAUUUUUUUUUUUUUUUUUACUUCAUCGCGAGUGCUAAUAAAUACGUUAUAUUAUUAUACGACGACCCGUGUCGGACAAGACUGCACACGCCGCCCGACGACGGAUUUCGCGGGCUUACGAUUUUUAAUAUUAUACGUCCCAAUAAUAUUAUAAUAUUAUACAUUAUAUACCAUAUUAUUAUUGUUAUUAUUAUUAUAUCUUACUAAAAGUCGAUAACAAUUAUUAUUAUUGUUGUAUAUAUAUAUAUUAUUUAUAUAGCCACCGACUCUAUAGGCCUGUCAUCGUCGUCCGUUUGCGGUCGCCGGAAUAAUUAUGUUAGCGACCGCCGAACGCGCAAUGAUUGUUGCGCUGUGGUUGGUGUGCUGUUACUAUGACCAAGCGGCCACCCUACAUCACGACCAUGUGCGGACGAGGAGUGGAUCGACGAAAGUGCAGAGGACCAAAAACCUGACGUCCGGCAUGCCCGCGGUAACCGUGGUUGCUGGUGCCGCGACUGCAGUCGGCGAAGAUGGAUCGUCGGACACCGACGCCGACGCUGAAAUAGACGUGCUCGACGACGUUGACACGGUCACCGACGGCGUCAAAGCGACACCGGACGCGAACACCGGCCGGCUUCGCGACUUCUUGUUCGGCAAACCGAACAAAAUCUUUAAGAGUCUCAUGCGGACCGGCGUCAGGGUUGUGCAGCGCGGCAUGGACGCGUUCCAGGGGGUGUCAACUAAGGUGUUACACGUGGCCCGGAAACGGAUCGGUGGCAAUUCGAGUGCUUCCGGCGGCAGCUCGUCGCAGCAGUCGUCCAGCAAGUCGAACGAGAGCGGUGACGUCGACGACCGGAAACCGGUCAAGCGACAGGCCGAGGUGAAAAAACCGACCGGCUUCAUCAAGUCGGUGUCCAAAAUGCUCAAAACGGGGCUGACGGGCAUCAGCCACGUCACCGACCUGAGCUUGUUGUUGGGCAACAUAGGCACGCACAAGCUCAUGGCCACGCUGGACGGCAAGAACGGCAACCAGGAGAUGUUUAAUCUGAUCAUCAAAUUCAUCGGGGCCAAGGUUGGACAAGGAACCAAAGGCAGUGCACAACAGUUUAUCAAAGACGUGGGUAUAGUAUCGACUUUUGUUUCCAAAAACGACGAAAUCACUAAAUCGAUAUCUAUGCUAAUGGAUAAGUUUAUGAGCAACCCUAAAGUGACCAAAGCCAUGGUGCGUCUGGUUCUCACCUUUUUGGACUCCAGUCCUUCCACGUCAUGCUUGCUGGACCAGUUGCCGUUGUCGCCUAAAGACGUGCGGAUGGUGUUCGAUAUAUUCGUAGGCAGUAACGGACAAAUGAUGUUGCAAACUAUUGCAGGACUUGUGUCAGAUUUGACCACAGGGCCAGACACGAAAGCGUUUUUGGAAUCGGCUUUAGGCAUGAUAUCCAUGUUCAAAAGUGACAAUCCGGAGGCGGCCACUAAGGAUUCAGAUAAACCAACUACUUCUAUUGUAGGUUCACUGACUGAUUUCUUUACGGGCGGUGAAGGAGAGGAAGAAGACAAUAUUGAAAAUAACAAGUCUGUGCCCCCGCCGAUGGUUAAUAAUAAGAAAAAAUACAGCAGUGUAAGCGGAACUAUAUCAAAACCGCUUACGAAAAAGCUGAUGAAUAACGAUGACACUUGGUUUAGUGAUACCAAACCCUCGUUAAAUUCGUCACCGAAAAAAACUACAUCCAAAGCAGACCCGUGGUUUGACAGUAGUGAAACUACGUCGAAUUUGUUACCAAAAACAGUACCCAAUUCCAAGGCCGACGAUUGGUUCGAGAACAGAAGCGCCAAUAGCGACAACAGAAUAAAGGUCCGCAAUAACCGUAAAAUCAGUUAUAGCAAGACGAAAGUGGUUACCCAAGAAAAUGGCAGCGGGAGCUUCAGUGAUGAUGAUAUUAGCAAAAUUUCUAAACCGACGACCGUAAAGACAGACUCAAAAAUCACCGCCGAAAAACCAUUAUUGGAAGAUGACGAUGACAUCGAAAGCUAUGAAGAUUAACCUAAGAGAAUUCAUCGCUUUUCGGUUUGAAAGCACGCCUAUAACUAUAUAUAUUAUAAUGUAUACCUCGACUUGUACUUAUUACUAUUCAAACGGUAUAACGAUAACAAAACAUAAUCCACAUACCUACAACAUCAUCACAAUAAUAUACGUACCUAUUACGAUGUAUAACCUAGCUAUACAUUAAAAUUAAACAUAAAAUAUAAAUAUCUUUGUCGUAAAUUUGAACCUCAAAAAGAUUUGUAAUAGCAAUAUACAAAAGUAUAACUACAA